UCGAAAUAAGAUACAAGAGCAGCAAGUAAAGAGUCCAGACCUCCUCCCUGUUAGUGUUCGAAGAACGGAAGGAGGUCACCCGGUCACCCAGAUGAGAUUCUUUGCCACGGCCAAUGGCGGGCCACUUCUACAUCCUCCGUGUCCUCUCAACCAAUCCUGUUAGCUUAUUUUAACAGGGAUCACCGUUCGUUCGACGGUGACGAUCGUCAACCGGCAUUGACUCUGUUUGCUACCAGAUUUAAACUACUUCCUUGCCGGGCAGGAUCUCUUUCGGCUUGCCUGCCUGCCUGCCAUCUUUUAUUUCUUUAUUUCUUCUUUCUCUCUCCCUUUUUUUUUUUUUAAUAUCUCUAUCUCUCUUUCUCUACUCUCCAACAGAACGAAGCUUUAUCCUUCGACGCUCGCUCACCAGCCAGUAGAGCCUCGCGUAUCGCGCAAGCGUGCCGUUUCUUCUUCUUCGUCGUCGUCGUCGUCAUUGUUGUCGUUGUCAUCGUUCAAGUUUAAUAUCAAAUUUGGUCUCCAAACAUCACUAUUGAAUAUUCCUAUUUCUUUUUCUUAUCGGUUCUUCCACCAACAUGGCGGUCAGGUUCACGAUUUUCCUAUUUUUCGUCAGCAUCGCUGUUGUCUCAUCAGCUGGAUUGUUCGAGACAUUGCUUUCUUGGGACUUGCCAGAUUCUGAAGCUAGAUCGACUCAAACUCAAUCAAAGUGUCUUUGCCAGACUUCCGGUUGUCUCUGUUGCGUCGACCUGAAUUUAACCGUGACAAUGGACCUCGGUGGUCCGUCUUGUGUAAAUAUCAGGCAAAAGGAACAAAACAUUACAUUGAAUUUAAGCUACGGCGACAAUCCGGUGCACAAUGCGACCAUCAAGAUAGCUGAGGCAGCUAACAAACCAACAUGCAUGAACCUACUAUCGGAUUUGGCGCAAAUUUGUGCAAGAUUCACUUCCGUUAGAUCUGCUGAACAUGGUCACGAUGGUUGUUUGGUGAUCGAGCCAGCGUUGUUGGGUACUCCUCAGGCCACUUAUCAGAUGGGUUGUUUUAAUUUUGACCAGACAGUACGACAAAUAGAAAUGUCCGCUAUUGCCGAAACGACUGAGAACACGGACAACACGGAUGAAGAGGAAGAUGAAGGCAUCAAUACGGACGAGUUGAUAGCAGCUGUAUCGGCUAGUGCUGAACACGGACUUGCUUUAUUUUCUCAAUGGUUAGGAUUAAAUUUGAAUCCAAGAUUAAAUUUCACUAACAGGAAUCCAUUCCACGAACAAUCUCAACAACAACAACAACAGCAACAACAACAACAACAACAACAACAACAACGUCAAGUAGAAAGUGGUGACCAGCAGACAAGAUCUGCUCGGAAUAUGGUGGACAUUCAAACAGACAAAAGUGACGAACGAUUCAAACAACUGCUCAGCGCACAGGAUAACGUAUUAAAAGAAUCCGCAAAAAUUGGUCAAGCGAAUGGUGCGCAUACGACAUUUGUUUAUUCCAGUCCAGUUGGUCUACCAGUUGGUUUACCAGUAGGUUUACCAGUUGGUUUACCAGUUGGUUUACCAGUAGAAAGAGGAAUAACAGAUAAAAAAGGAGAAAUCGAGCCGAUCGAUGAUUCCUUUCAACGUUUGACCGUACCAAAGGAAUCCAGGCGAGGUGGUAGAGCCUAUAGCAUUCAUCAGCAUGUCAACGAGAUUUGAACGAGUUUUCUCAUUCAACCGACACAGGAGUCGUCAAAAGAGGGAUAACCAUGAGUAGAAUUUUUUGUUUAAGUUAGCGCACUCUCUUUGUUGUUCGUUAGUCCGUUGUGCUCUUUAAUCUUUGUUGGGCUGAUCGAUGGGAAACGAGUGGGUGGUUCAAUUAUGUUCGUUCUUUGUUCUUUCUUUUCUUUUUUUUUCUAUUCGCGAGAAAAUAGUAGAAAUCCGAAAAAAAUCAUGCCGAUCUGAAUCGAGCCAGGUCAUUAGGAAUAGAUGUUAGAUAUUGUUAGAAAGUAGGUGCACGAAAUAAUCAGUGUACUCUCUCUCUCUCUCUUUCUCUCUCUCUUUCUCUUUCUCUGUGGAUCGUAAGCUGUUUUAAUCUACGAUCUGCCGGCAAAGUUACCGUCCGUGAAAGAAUUUCUCUUAAACUCGAUUAAAAGCCCCUCCCUCCUGGUCCCCGCACCCCGCCCCCUCCCUCCUCACCUCGCCGAUCUCAAGAGAUCAUUAUAUUGUUAACCCUUUUUUUUUUUUGUUUCGCUUUUUCUACAAGUGUCACGCGUUUAAUACGCUGUGCCGGCCAGCUCAGUCGGUAUGAUCUCUCUUUUCAAUUGUGAUCCCGCUAUUUCUCUUUUUGCUUUCGCAUUUGAAAUCGUUACUACUAACGGUUUCAUCGAUCUUUUUUAUAUAUAUAUAUUUGUAAACACACGCACGCACACGCACACAUGCACUCAAAUAUACACACGUAUGACAACUAAACGCGUGAAAAGUGUCCCUCAAGUGAAACGUGACGAUAAAACUACUUUCUUUUUCGACUUUAUGCAUACAAAUAUACAUGCAAACGUAUCAUGCGCAGAUGCGUAUGUACAUGCAUCAUACACAUACGUGCAUACAUUUAUAGACAAAAGGUACACGUGAUAUGACUUGGGGAAUACUCGAAUAGGUCAUCGUUCUUUCUUCUUCUCUUCUUUCUCUCAACCACACACACACAACCCAUAGUACAUUUAUAUUUUUUUUGUUGUU